CACCUGGGACGAGGGUGCACACGCACGUGGGGGCGCCUGUCCCCGCGUGUGCUCAAGGUGUGUUCGUGUGCGCACCCCCGCGCUGUCAUGUGUGACAUCUCACCGUUGCCGUGGCGACCCCAUCGAGCACAUGGCUCGGGCUCCGCAGCAUCGUGGGGGAAGCACGCUUGUUGCCAUGGAAACGGCCAUAAUUGUAGCAUUUUUCGGCUAAAGGAGGGGAAAAAGGAGGGGGAGAGAGGAGGAGAAAUGGCUCCAUGGGGCAGCGGGCCAGGGAUGUGCCCGCCAGCCGAGCGUGUCCUGCUGCACACGGGUGUCACGCUUAUGAACCGCCCCAUCCAGGUGAAGCCGGCCGACAGCGAGGGCCGAGGAGAAGACAGGAAGCUCUUUGUGGGCAUGCUGGGGAAGCAGCAGAGCGAGGACGACGUCCGCCGCCUCUUUGAGCCCUUCGGCCAGAUUGAGGAAUGCACCAUCCUCCGAGGGCCUGAUGGAGCCAGCAAAGGUUGUGCCUUUGUGAAAUAUGGCAGCCACGCUGAGGCACAGGCUGCCAUCAACAGCCUGCACGGCAGCCAAACCAUGCCGGGCGCCUCGUCCAGCCUGGUGGUGAAGUUUGCAGACACGGAUAAGGAGCGGACCCUGCGGCGGAUGCAUCAGAUGGCGGGGCAGCUGGGCAUCUUCAACCCCAUGACCAUCCAGUUCGGCGCCUACGGGGCCUACACGCAAGCGAUCAUGCAGCAGCAGGCAGCGCUGAUGGCGGCCGCGCAGGGCACCUGCCUCAACCCCAUGGCUGCCAUCGCCGCCGCCCAGAUGCAACAAAUGGCCGCCUUCAAUGUCAGCGGGCUGGUGGCCGCCCCCCUCACCCCCUCUUCAGGUACAAGCACCCCUCCAGGGAUCAGCACAGCGCCGGUGCCCAGCAUCGCCACGCCCAUUGGGGUGAAUGGCUUCAGCCCGCUGCCCCCCCAGACCAACGGGCAGCCUGCCUCCGAGACCAUCUACACCAACGGCAUCCAUCCCUACCCAGCUCAAAGCCCCACGGUGGCAGAUCCCCUUCAGCAGGCCUACGCCGGCAUGCAGCACUAUGCAGCAGCAUAUCCCACUGCCUACGCUCCCAUCAGCCAAGCCUUUCCCCAGCAAGCACCCCUCAUCCCACAGCAGCAGAGAGAAGGUCCCGAGGGCUGUAACCUGUUUAUUUAUCACCUGCCCCAGGAGUUCGGGGAUGCGGAGCUCACGCAGAUGUUUUUGCCUUUCGGCAACGUCAUCUCUGCCAAAGUCUUUGUGGACCGUGCCACCAACCAGAGUAAAUGCUUUGGUUUCGUCAGUUUUGACAAUCCGACGAGUGCUCAGGCGGCCAUUCAGGCCAUGAAUGGCUUCCAGAUCGGCAUGAAGAGGCUAAAAGUGCAGCUAAAGCGGCCGAAAGACGCCAACAGACCCUACUGACCCCAGCUCAGCCUGCGGAGAGGUCGGACGUCCUGCAGUGUCUGACGACUUUCCCCUUCCCCAAGUGCAGUAUCCAAACCCGUAACUCUCUUUCUUUGCAACGCAUCCUGGAGGAGGAAGAGGAGGAGGUGAAGGAGAAAAUGGCAAAGAAGAGAGCGUUUUGGUUGUAGCUUUUCCUUUUUGAAUUUUUUCCCAAACUGGUCUUGUUUGUUGUUUAACGGGCAUGAGAGGAAGACAAGGAAAGAGGGGAGCGAUGCGGUGCCAGGGCUGCGAUUCGCCGCCGGCCGCUCGCCGGGACUCACUGGAUCCCUCACUGGGAGCAAGGCGAUGGCUCCGGGCAGCCGGGCCAUCAUCUGUUUUUUGGAUUUUUGUUUUUUAAAGCACUCAUUUGCUGCUACCGAUUUCCAAGGAGAAACGAGGAAAAGAGGCUCCAAAUGGAUUCUUAAACCAAAGCCGGUGGGACGGGACCAGCCUCGGGCACUUCACCUGGAAGAUGUUUGUUUGGAAAAUAAAGAA